CGCCCUCCCACCCAUCCCCCAUCUCCGGCCUCCCCCGUGCCCUUUCUAGGCCCCCUCCCCCCGGCGGGGGGUGGGGAGCAGAGAGGGCCCCGCCCCUCGCGCCCCCUCCUCAGGGCCAGCGCAGGAUGCCCCCGGCCCCUGGCAGCCCCCCGGGAGGUCCUGAGCUCGACGCGCCCCCUCUACGCCAUGUCCCCCCCUGGCUCGGCCGCGGGAGAGAGCGCCGGCGGCGGCGGCGGCGGCGGCGGCUCUGGGGUCCCGGAGGAGCCCAUGGCAGCGGCGGACGAGGGCCCCGCCCGAGAGGAGCAGCGUCCCAUCCAGCCCUCUUUCACCAAAUCUCUCUGCCGUGAGUCUCACUGGAAGUGCCUCCUGCUCUCACUGCUCAUGUACGGCUGCCUGGGGGCAGUGGCUUGGUGCCACGUCACCACAGUGACCCGCCUCACCUUCAGCAGCGCCUACCAGGGCAACAGCCUCAUGUAUCAUGACAGCCCUUGCUCCAACGGCUAUGUCUACAUCCCCCUGGCCUUCCUGCUCAUGCUGUACGCCGUCUACCUGGUGGAGUGUUGGCACUGCCAAGCCCGCCACGAGCUGCAGCACCGAGUGGAUGUGAACAGCGUUCAGGAGCGUGUGGGACGCAUGCAGCAGGCCACCCCCUGCAUCUGGUGGAAGGCCAUCAGCUAUCACUAUGUCCGACGAACUCGACAGGUCACCCGAUACCGCAAUGGAGAUGCCUACACGACCACCCAGGUCUACCACGAGCGGGUCAACACACACGUGGCGGAAGCCGAGUUCGACUACGCGCGCUGUGGGGUCCGGGAUGUGUCCAAGGCGCUGGUGGGGCUGGAGGGCGCGCCGGCCACCCGGUUGCGCUUCACCAAGUGCUUCAGUUUCGCCAGUGUGGAGGCUGAGAACGCGUACCUGUGCCAGCGCGCGCGCUUCUUCGCCGAGAACGAGGGCUUGGAUGACUACAUGGAGGCUCGAGAGGGCAUGCAUCUCAAGAACGUGGACUUUCGCGAGUUCAUGGUGGCUUUCCCCGACCCGGCUCGGCCACCUUGGUACGCCUGCUCGUCGGCCUUCUGGGCGGCAGCCCUGCUCACACUAUCGUGGCCGCUGCGCGUGCUGGCCGAGUACCGCACAGCAUAUGCGCACUACCACGUGGAGAAGCUCUUCGGUCUGGAGGGACCGGGCUCCGCCAGCAGCGCGGGUGGCGGCCUGAGUCCCAGCGACGAGCUGCUGCCCCCGCUCACGCAUCGCCUGCCGCGGGUCAACACGGUGGACAGCACGGAGCUCGAGUGGCACAUCCGUUCCAAUCAGCAGCUGGUACCCAGCUACUCGGAGGUGUUGCUCAUGGACCUAGUCGAGCUGGGCUCGCGCUGCGGCGGGCCAGGGGGUGGCUUCGUGCCCAGGUGUCGCUACGGAGGGGUUGGUGGCCCGGGCGCGGCGGGCGUGACCCCGCACUGGCGGAGCUGCGAGCACUGUCAGCGAGCGGUCAGCAGCUCGUCCAUCUUCUCGCGCAGCGCGCUGAGUAUCUGCGCCAGCCCGCGGGCCGCCCAGGGCCCCGGAGCGAGUGCGGGGUGCGGGGGCAGCCGCUUCUCACUCAGCCGCCUCUAUGGUUCCCGGCGCAGCUGCCUGUGGCGCAGCCGGAGCGGGAGUGUCAACGAGGCGAGCUGCCCCACGGAGCAGACGCGUCUGUCGAGCCAGGCCAGCAUGCGGGACAACGAGGACGACGACGACGAGGAGGAGGCUGGGCCACCACCGCCCUACCACGACGCCCUCUGCUUCCCUGUCCUCAUUGUCCAUCGGCAGGAGGGGUGUCUGGGCCACAGCCACCGGUCGCUGCACCGCCAUGGCUCCUGCGUGGAGACCUCACUGUGACCUCCCGCCUUUGGAGGGAGCCUGUGCCGUUCUCCCUCCUGCCUCUCCUUGUGUUGUGCUCUCUGUGUGUAGCAGAGGAAGGCAGGAUGGUGGUUAAGGCCAGGCAGGGGGUAUGAGAGAAGGCGGGAGGUGAGGGGGCACACUCAGACGAGACCUCAGUGAUCUGAGACUGCUUCCCUGUACACAGACGGAGGAUGGGAGAUUGGCAGCUCUCUAAGAAUCCCAUCCACUGGGGCAGAGGUGGUUCUCUUCCAGGCCACACCCAGUUCCUGCGGGGACACCUCCUUUUCCAUUCACACUCGAGAUUUCCCUCCCAGGCUUUCAUCGAGUCUUGACUGUUAGUAUGUUGUGGGACCCGUUUCUGGCUUCCCCACCAAGGGAACCAUCAUGGUGAGCAGCAGGAAAAGCAUUUGGGGCUUUUUUUUUUUUUUUUUUUUUUUUUUGCCCAGGCCCCCCGUGGAGAGGGGCGGUGGUUUGGUGGAGAGCAGCAGAGCUGGCUUCCAACCAGCUACUGUGUUCACAGGGGGGCCCUGCCAGUAUUGCUCUCCACACCUUGAAAGAGUUCUGGCGUCUAGGCGCUGCGGCUGAGAAA